AUGAACCGCCUGUUUGGCAAACCCAAGGACAAGGUUCCGCCGCCCAAUCUGACGGAUUGCAUCGCCAAUGUCGACAGCCGAGCAGACUCAAUUGAUAAGAAGGUCGCCCGCCUGGACGCCGACCUGGUCAAGUACAAGGACCAGAUGAAGAAGAUGCGAGAAGGGCCGGCCAAGAACGCCAUCAAGGCGAAGGCGCUGAACAUUCUCAAGCAGCGAAAGAUGUACGAAAACCAGCGCAACAACCUCCAGCAGCAGUCCUUCAACAUGGAGCAGACCAACUUCAGCACGCAAAUGCUCAAGGACACCCAGACGACGGUGUCGGCAAUGAAGCUGGGCGUGAAGGAGAUGAAGCGCGAGUACGGCAAGGUGAACAUUGACCAGAUUGAGGAUCUCCAGGACGACCUCUCCGACAUGAUGGAGCAGGCGAAUGAGGUGCAGGAGGUGCUGGGGCGGACCUACGGCGUGCCCGACGUCGACGAGGACGAGCUGGAGGCGGAACUGGAAGCCCUCACCGACGACUUUGCCCUCGACACCGACACCUCCUACCUGGAGGAGGUCAGCGCGCCAAAGGUGCCCACGAAGGAGCCCGGCGCGGACAGCGUCAUCACCACCGACGGCCAACUCGUCGACGAGUUUGGCCUGCCGAAGCUGCCGGCCACAUAA